AUGAGAAUUAUACAGGUUCCUGUACAGCAUGUUUACCCGAGCCAGUUUGUGGAGGGAGACGCCAACUACAACAAUACUGCAAUUCGUUCCAGUAGUUACCAGUUCACAGACCCUUCCCUCUACUCUCAGGCCACGCCCUCUGUCACUUACUAUGAGACGUCGCCCACCACCGGCUCACAGGUCACGUCCCCCACCAGCGCUCAGCCUGUGUCUGUGACGUCCGGGAUGGGCACAGGGGUGAUCUCCAUGUUCUCAGAGGGCAGUUCGGGGAUCACUGUGGUGGCUGGCGGGUCCUCGUCAGGAGUGGGCGGGGCAGGAGGCGUGGUUACCAGUGGAGGGUUGGGAAGUUACGUGAUUCAGGGCGGGUACAUGCUCGACGGAGUGAACCAGAACUUCUCACACAACACACGCGCAUCACCUGCGACUGUGCAGUGGCUGAUGGAUAACUAUGAAACAGCUGAAGGUGUGAGUCUUCCUCGCUGUACUCUCUACUGUCAUUACCUCCUGCACUGCCAGCAGACCAAGCUGGAACCUGUGAACGCCGCCUCCUUUGGCAAACUCAUCCGCUCCGUGUUCUUGGGCCUCAGGACAAGACGUCUCGGCACCAGAGGGAACUCUAAGUACCAUUACUAUGGCCUUCGAAUCAAGAGCAACUCCCCCCUGCACAGACUGGUGGAGGACCAGCAACACCUGGCCAUGAGACAACAGCCGUACUCACAGAAACAGAGGAUAAAACCUGUGCCGAAGGUGGAGGGACUGACCAAUGGAAUGGGCCUGGGGGUGGGGCAUCAACAAGGGGCGGGGCUGUCUGACAUCAGCGCCCAGGUUCACCAGUAUCAGCAGUUUUUGGAUGCGUCUCGCAGUCUGGCAGAGUUCCCUGACCUCAAAGAGGAGGAUAAACCUCUGCCGGAUGGACUCCUUCCUCAACACGUACUCUCAUAUCAGCUGGUCUACAGAGAGCACUGUGAGGCAAUUCUGGACGUGAUGGUAAACCUGCAGUUCCCUCUUGUGGAGACGCUUUGGAAGAGUUUCUGGAGGUUCAGUGAAGGUCAAAGCGGUGACACGGAUACACUCGGCCUUCAUGAUGAUUCAGAGAAGUGUUUGCCCAAGUCAGUUCUGGUUCUGUUGUGUAAAUAUGAGCCCAUCCUGCACUGGACCCGUGAAUGCGACAACUUACUGUAUCAAAACCUAGUGGAGAUCCUCAUCCCUGAUGUCCUGAGACCCAUCCCCAGUGAGUUACACAACUCCACACAAACUCUAUAUAAACUCUAUACGGUAACUAUAUAAACUAUAUAGUUACAGCUCUUCACCAACUUGUUUCAC